GCAGUAGGAAGCGGUUACGCGGAAAGCAAGUGGGUGGCCGAAACCUUACUGCUCAAGGCUGCAGACGUACUCGGUGCUCGUGUGACGAUUGUACGAGUUGGCCAACUUUGUGGAGACCGAGCCCAGGGCGGAUGGAACGAGACAGAAUGGGUCCCUGCCAUCGUGCGCAGCGCACAGGAACUCGGCAAAAUCACUUGGCUCCCGGUAGACGUAGCUUCAUCUGCGUUGUUGGAGAUGGCCGGUUCAACGGAGGCGAUCCUACACCUCGUUCAUCCCUCACCCAGCAAGUGGAGUCUCUUCUCCGAUACAACUUCGUCGAUUUUGGGCAUACCUUCUGUUCCGUACAGGGACUGGAUUGCUGCCCUGCGGAAGACCUGGGUCGAAUCAUCGGACUCCGACAAAGCGAUGAUCAACAUCCCGGCUCUGCACCUCGUCGACUUUUUAGCGGAGUACACUGAAGCGGCCAAUCUCUCUGUGGAACGCGCCACAAUUGUCUCCCGAAGCUCGAGAGAUGCGAGGAGAUUAGAUGAAGAGGAUGUGAAGCUGUGGCUCGCGUAUUGGAAGAGUAGAGGGUUCUUGAAGUCUGACGCUUCCGCUCCUGCUGCGUGA